UCUUCCCCAUUCGAUCGCUCUACCGAUUAUCACUAAGCGCAUGCGUUUAGCCUACGAAGAGCCCCACCCCUUUCAUUGAACCGCCCCCGUCGUGUAACGUACUUUGACCUUCGAGUGUUUUUAGUGCCAAAAGCUUGGGUGGAAAAAUGGCGGAGCAGGCGGCCCCAGCUAACCCGGGGGAACAGCCAAUAGCGACCAUGAAGCGGCUGGAUUUCAAGAAGCAGAGCUUAGACGAUGCCUACGCGGCGCCGGCGAACCUUCUCGAGAUCGAGGUGGCGAACCCAGAGACGCACGGCUUGGCGAGGAACCGUUACACGGACUACGAGGUCCGGAUGCGGACCAACAUACCCAUCUUCAAACUUAAGGAAUCGUCCGUGAGACGACGCUACAGUGACUUUGAGUGGCUAAAGAAAGAACUCGAGAGAGAUAGCAAGCAGAUUGUGGUUCCUCCGCUACCUGGCAAAGCUCUCAAAAGACAGCUUCCGUUUAUGGGAGGCGACGUAUUUUUGACGAGGAAUUCAUAGACGACAGAGCUGGAAGAGUUUGUAAACAAGUUAGAGGACUUGAGCGUUGCAUUGGAUACCAAUCCUCCCACAUGUCUCAAGGA